UGAUUUGCCUUUCCCUUGAAUGUUCUCCACCGUAAACACACACAGGGCUUCAUAUUUUCUUAAAAUUCACAUCCUUGUUUUACUGAUGAAUUUUCGUUUGUUAAAACAAUACGAAGUGACCCUUUUUCAUAUACACGUAUAAAAGACAUAGAAAUAGGUUAAAGGUGUUAAAAGAGCUAACCAAGACGCACAAUUACAGUCUGCCAAGACCGCCAACAUCGAAACUGUCCCCUAAAGAAGAGGUAUCAUGUGGUCACGAUGAUGUAAAUACACAAACACAAGCAAAGCCAAGCCAACCAAAGAGAGAUGGAUCAAAUCUCGGUUUCAUCUUCUUACGACUUCUGGCGUCAAAACCUUUACGGAGGUUAUGCAAGUCUCGUCGCUUUACUCAUCAUUCUCUUUUACCAACUCUUCAAAUUCUCUUUUUUCCUUUCCCCUUCUCGCUUUAGAAUUACAUCACGCAGUAUUUCUUCCCCUUCUUCUUCUCCUGCUUCAUCUAUUGAUGUGGCUUCUCAGUCAAGUAUAUCGAAGAUUGUUUCAGAUGCAGAUUUAAAGUUCUUAAUAGAAAAUCUGGAGGAGAAAUUCAAUCAAAAUGAGAAAUGGGAAAAUGUAGUCGACAAAAGAAACAAUCUUGUGUCCUACACUGCAAAAUGCUGCAGACCCAAGGAUGGUCCUCUGAAAUACUUGAGUGUCACAGUAUUUGAAAAUUGCUCCCCCGACGUUCUAAGGGAUUUUUACAUGGACAAUGAUUACAGAAUGCAGUGGGACAGGACUGUUGUUGACCAUAGGCAACUGCAGGUUGAUAGAAGCAAUGGAACUGAAAUUGGCCGUACAAUAAAGAAAUUUCCACUCAUGACACCAAGGGAAUAUGUAUUGGCUUGGAGACUAUGGGAAGGAAGAGAUGAAACUUUCUACUGUUUUACCAAGGAAUGUGAACAUCCUUUGGCUCCACCACAGAGGAAGUAUGUCCGUGUGACUUAUUUUAGAUCUGGAUGGCGUCUACAAAAGGUACCUGGUAGAACUGCUUGUGAGAUCAAAAUGUUUCACCAAGAAGAUGCUGGUUUAAAUGUUGAGAUGGCAAAGCUGGCUUUUAAAAAGGGAAUAUGGAGUUUCGUGUGUAAAAUGGAUAAUGCACUACGCAAAUACACUGUGACCAAUCAUCCUCAGACAAGUCCUGUUUCAGCUGUCAGUCUGAUUGAAAAGUUUCCCGUUGGAUUAGAAGCAAUGAAUUCUCCACAAAGUGCAGAGGCAGUUCCCAUCGCUGGGUACCCUGGUGAAGCCAAACAGAAGAGAUUAACUAGAAGGCCGUCGAAGGAACUGUUGGCUAAAGGUUUGCUAAUUCUCGGGGGUGCAAUCUGCCUGUCUAGAGGUCACUCUGCGUUGGGUGCUAAAGUUGCUAUGGCUUAUAUAUUAAAAAAGCUGCAUAAGCGUGGCACACCAUCCAGCCAAAAUGGGGCAGGUUGAACUUGAGCUAAACAACAUUUCUAUGUUAUCACAACCAAAUUUCUUGGUUGUUUGCUUCCUACAGUCGUACUAAACGGCUAUCAGCUGCAAUACAUGGAGUCUAAGAAAGACUUUUAACUAAAUAUAUGUAAUAAACUCUGUUUAACUUGUUCUUCUUUGGUGUAAAUAUAAUUGAAAAUAGUUCUGAAUUUUGCAUAAGGAAUGAAGUUUAAAAAGGUUCUGAGAUGA